UUGUGCCUUGUGCAUAUAUAAAAACUCCCAACCCCGCAACAAACAAAAGCUCCCCACUUCUAGUUCUUUAUGGUAAAAACUAAAUAGUACGUGGUUCUUAGAUUUUGGAGAAAAAUGGCUAUCAAUGCUCCUUCUUGCAGGUUGAUAUUCAAGAUCAAAGAUUCAGCUGUGAAUGGGGCUUCCCAUUUUCAAUACGAUGAGCUUAAACCGGUUGAAACCAGUCAAAUCCCACUUUCUUCCAUUAGUUAUAAGGCUCAAGGUACAAAGUGGAGAAGAAUCAAAGCCAUGAGAUCUCCAACAGUUUCAGCCCCAAAGCGCGAAUCAGACCCAAAGAAAAGGAUUGUGAUAACCGGAAUGGGCCUUGUUUCAGUCUUUGGAAACGAUAUAGACACCUUCUACAACACCCUCCUCGAGGGACGCAGUGGAAUCGGCCCAAUAGACAGAUUUGACGCUUCAGAUUUCUCCGUUCGGUUUGCCGGCCAAAUUCACGGCUUCACCUCCGACGGCUACAUUGAUGCCAAAAACGACCGCCGUCUGGACGACAGCUGGAGAUACUGUCUCGUCGCCGGCAAGAGAGCUCUUGACGACGCUAGCCUCGGGAAAAAUGUUCUAAAAAAUAUGGACAAAAGUAGGGUCGGAGUGGUGAUAGGUUCGGGAAUGGGAGGGUUGGGUGUGUUUGGGAGUGGGGUCCAAGCCUUGGUUGAGACUGGGUACAGGAAAAUAAGUCCCUUUUUCAUUCCUUAUUCCAUCACAAAUAUGGGGUCGGCUUUGUUAGCCAUAGAGGAGGGGCUAAUGGGGCCCACCUACUCCAUUUCCACCGCUUGCGCCACCGCCAACUACUGCUUCUACUCCGCCGCGAAUCACAUCCGGCAGGGCGAGGCUGAUGUCAUGGUGACCGGUGGGACCGAAGCCGCCAUCACAACAACCUCGGUUGGCGGGUUUAUAGCUUGUCGGGCGCUGUCUCAACGAAAUGAUGAGCCACGAAAGGCGUCUAGGCCGUGGGACAAGGAUCGCGACGGGUUUGUCCUAGGUGAAGGAUGUGGUGUUUUGGUAAUGGAAAGCUUGGAUCAUGCCAUGAAAAGAGACGCUAAUAUAAUCGCCGAAUACUUAGGAGGGGCAAUAACUUGUGAUGCCCAUCACAUGACAGAACCGCGAUCAGACGGACUUGGUGUUUCUUCUUGCAUAACUAAGAGUUUGACAGAUGCCGGUGUCUCCCCGGAAGAGGUGAACUACAUCAAUGCUCAUGCAACAUCAACUGUGGCUGGAGACUUGGUUGAAGUCAAUGCUAUUAAAAAGGUGUUUAGGGAUACAAGUGAGAUUAAGAUGAAUGGAACCAAGUCAAUGAUUGGUCAUGCACUAGGGGCUUCUGGUGGUCUUGAAGCUAUUGCAACCAUCAAAGCAAUCACUAGAGGAUGGGUACACCCAACUAUUAACCAAUAUAAUUUGGAACAUGAAGUUACCAUUGACACUGUUCCAAAUGUCAAGACGCAACACAAUGUUAAUGUUGCUAUUUCUAACUCGUUCGGCUUUGGCGGACAUAACUCAGUGGUAGUGUUUGCACCAUUCAAACCCUGAACAACCAUAACUCGAACUCUUUAUUGUGUAGGGAGAUAUAAAACUGUUCUAUAAAAAACCAAAAGACACACUAAGGUGGGAAAGCAGAUGCAGUGUACAUUGAAGUUUGGAAGUUCCUUAGAGAUUUAUGAGUCGGGCAAUCAUGUUUAAUUAAUACAUUGGCAGUCUGCUAUUGUGGAGGUAUUUGGGAAGGAGUUGGAUCGCAAUAACAUGUGGAAAUGGGCCAAUAUCUUGGGGUCAACACGAGAUACGCUUGAUGGGGGCUAAUGCCAACUUAAAAAAAGCCCACUUGGUUAUUUCUUUUCAGUGUUGGGAUAUGUUUUUCUCGGAUAGGAUAUAGUCAAUUUCAGUAAAGCUUGGUUAUGUUUUUCAAGUUGCUACGUUCUGGAGACUGGAUAGUAUAAAAAGAUGUGAGAAAAAGUUAAUUAUGUAGAUUAUUUACACCUUUCUCAUAUUUGAAAGUGAAAUAAACUUUGUGUGUGGGUAUUUGCUAAUUUUAGUCAUAUUUGAGUUAAUUUUUUGCGGAUCAAUAUAACUUUAGC